AUGGGCAGUGAAAGUGAUAAUAUAUUGUUGGAAAAACAAUUGGUGAUGUAUGAUGAACCCGAGAAAGAAAAAUGGAUACAGCAUUACAGCAGCAGGCAUAGGAUACUGCUGGUUGGUGAGGGUGACUUUUCAUUCGCGGCUUGCUUGGCUACAGCCUUUGGGAAUGCCACUAGUAUGAUCGCUACUUCCCUCGAUUCUCAAGAUAUGUUGGUAAACAAGUAUGCAGAUGCAAACAGCAACCUUGAUCUUCUCAAGGAGAAGGGUUGUGUCCUGUUGCACAGAGUAGAUGCACUUACAAUGAGCGAACAUCCCGUGUUGCAAAAACAAGUUUUCGAUAGAAUUGUCUUCAAUUUUCCACAUACAUUACUCCUACUUCGCGAGCAUUAUGCCGCCCAAAUCAAGCUUCACCAAGAACUAGUAGUGGGUUUUUUCAAGAGUGCGUACAAGAUGGUGGCAGAAAAUGGAGAGGUACACGUUACUCACAAGACCGCUCAUCCAUUUGAUCAAUGGAAUAUCGAAGAGCUUGCCAGUGAAGCAGGCCUAUACUUGGUUGAUGAAGUUAGCUUCUACCAGUGGAAUUACCCAGGGUAUCAUAACAAGAGAGGAGAUGGACAUGUAUGUAGAUGUGAUGCGUCUUUCCCCAUAGGUGCAUGCUCUACGUUCAAGUUUGCCAAACUUUGAUGUGGAUCCAGUGAAACGUGUCGUAGUUGUUAGCUUAAUUUGUAUUCAAAGUGUGAAGCUGCUCACACAAUCAUCAAUCGAAUGGGAUGUAACCUUCUAAUUCUCAGAAUGAAAAUUAGCAAUUGUGGUAUUUUGUUGCCUGUAUUUUUCAACUUAAACAUAUGAUGGUGUAAGUAAAUUUCAUUAGGUUCAUACAUGUUCGUUUUUGUUAGUUGUCUUUGUAUUGUGAAGGGAAGGAAUAGAAUGGAAUCAACUCAUCGAUCAAAUAAUCAAAAUUAUUCACCAAAUGUAAUGAAGCUUGAGGUGGUAGAGUAGUGGCAUCGCUCCUCACGUUAUGGGACUUAUUUGAGGGAUUUUCCUGAUCUCUUCCC